UGCUCUCGAUCAUACGCAUAAUUGUUAUUAUAUAUGAGUGAAAAGUUUUUAAAUUAAGUACCCGCCAUCACUUUGCUUUCCAAAACAAUACAUUAUUCGGAGAGAUAUUUUACCUUAUAUGGUCAUGUGCCCAAGAUCAGUGCUGCUUUCAUGAUCGAAACACACAGCUAGUGAAAAUUUAUGUGUUUAAAAUUCUCUUAAUAACACGCCAGUCCAGUUUCUCAGCUGACUCAAUUUAUGUUUCCCAGAAUAUAUAUAUAUUAUACAUUUUAGCUGAUGGUCUAACUUUCAUCCUCAGAACAGUCAAAGUUUAGACGUCCACAUAUUAAGAUGGUCAAAGUAUCUGUUUGCUUUCUCAUACAAGGGUUUCUACUGUCGCUGUCAUUUGGGCAUGUUCAGUUACAGUUUUACAAUAAAUUUUCAAAGUGUGACGUCAAUGAGUACUGUACACACCUUCAAUCAUGCGAUCCCUUGAAAUACUUUCUGCAAUCGGAGGAUAUAGGUUGGGCCAGAACAGCAAUAUCAGGUUAUAAAAGAUACUGCUGCCGAAAAAAAGCCUAUGAAAGAUCCAAUGAAAAAUGCACCAUGCUCAAUGAGUGUGCCCAGUUUCAAGGCCGGACGUGGACGACUGAUAUUUUGAAAUCAAUAAUAAAUAAAAUAUGUUAUAUCAAUUCCGGACAGAUAUCUGUAGGAAAAAGGUUCUACGUAUACUGUCAGAGGCAAGAGAUUUAUAAUCCUUGCCAAUUCGAUGAGAUAUGUAAAAGUCAAGAUAGCUGCCCUUCUUUGGUGCGUAUUCGGGGAACACAAAAAUGGAAAAAAAUAUUAGCGAGCAGGCAAUGCGGCAAUCAUGCUUACUGCUGUCCAAGGCAGGAUUGUCCAGCCGAUGAAAAAUGCACCCGACGGGACAAGUGUCUUCGUAUCCAUAAUACUACGUUGGAAGAUGGGGCCCAUUUACUGGUUAACAGACAGUGUGCCGUCGAUACCAGAGCAGGUGCUUCGGAUAAGCGGCACUACAUCUGCUGCCCGGAACCAGGUGACGUUCUACCAAAGUCCUGUGGACAAGCUCCGGCUUCCUAACGAAUGGCAUAUGGCACAGUGGCGAGGCCCAAUGUAUAUCCUUGGAUGGCCAUGCUUAUGUACGAGAAUCGCAGACUGGCGACCUUGACCAACAACUGUAGUGGCUCCCUGAUCAACAAACGCUACGUCCAUGAAAAAUUUUCCAACACCUCGGACUUUGAUAGCGAUAUCGCCUUGGUGCGUCUUCAAACGCCAGUUCGAUAUACCCGAGAAAUUGGACCGAUUUGUGUGCCAAGAGAUCCCAUCCCCUUGCAUAAAUCCCGAUUGGAAAUCGCCGGUUGGGGGGCCACGACCCACGGAAUAUUUAGUCAGGUGCUGUUGCGCAACACCGUUUUUGAAUACAAGUAUAACUGCCAAAACAUGAUGCCGUUCUUCCGCUAUGAAUCACAAAUCUGUGCUGUUGGCCGCAAUGGAGAAGACCCCUGUAAGGGAGAUUCCGGAGGUCCCUUGAUGAUAACCCUUAAUAUUCAAUACCAGAUGCACGUAUUUCUGGCCGGUAUCAUUUCAUAUGGAAGUGGGAAUUGUGGAGAUAAUUUACCAGGUGUUUACACAAAGACUGGAGCAUUUUUCUCAUGGAUAAGCGCAAAUUUGAAGCCUUGACGGAAACUCGAAAGAUAAAUGUUUAUAAAAUGUAGACAAGUGUAUGGUGUUCGAUAUUAUGGAAAAUUCAAACAAGGAGCCAGUAAACUCAAAUAUGCACAUAUGUAUUUUAUUUAAUUUAUUUAAUUAACAAAACAAUAAAUCGAAUUUAC